AUGUCGGCCCUCUACCCAACAUUAUGCGCCAUGCAGCAGGGCUUUGUUAGUCCGUACUCGCUGGGCCGGCCGCAAACGAGCAAUCCCAAGACCAAUUGGCCAACGCCGCGCCAAGCUCGCCCGGAUCUCUACCUCGCUUACUCGGUCGUUGACGACACUAAGGGCAAGGCUAAGAAGCUCAGUGCCGAAGCCGCCAAGGAGUUCGAGCUGGCCAGCCAAAAAGCGCAGUCCAAGACUGGAAAUAUCGAGCUCUAUUCGGGAAAGUACUAUGCUGCCUGCACACUGGGUGGCCUGUUGGCCUGUGGCCCAACACACACGUCAAUGACACCGCUGGAUCUCGUCAAGACCCGGCGCCAGAUCGACUCGAAGCUCUAUUCGGGCAACUUCCAGGCCUGGGGCCACAUCUACCGGACCGAGGGUGUCCGGGGCAUCUUCACUGGCUGGGGGCCGACCUUUGUUGGCUAUUCAUUCCAGGGCGCAUUCAAGUACGGAUGGUAUGAAUACUUCAAGAAGACGUACGCGGACCUGGCUGGGCCCGAGGCGGCGCACAAGCACCGGACGGCGCUGUACCUCGGGGCGUCGGCGUCGGCCGAGUUCCUCGCCGAUCUCGCGCUCUGCCCGUUCGAGGCGGUCAAGGUGCGCAUGCAGGGCGCGAUCCCGUCGCCGUACAAGGGCACUAUGGACGGCAUCAGCCAGAUCACGGCCAAGGAAGGGCUGGCGGGCCUGUACAAGGGCCUCUACCCGCUGUGGGCGCGGCAGAUCCCGUACACCAUGAUGAAGUUUGCGUCGUUUGAGACCAUCGUUGAGAUGAUCUACGCGCGGCUCCCGGGAAGCAAGAACGACUACAGCAAGGCGGCGCAGACGGGCGUCUCGUUCGCCGGCGGCUACAUGGCCGGCAUCCUCUGCGCCAUCGUGUCGCACCCCGCCGACGUCAUGGUCAGCAAGCUCAACGCGAACCGCAAGGCCGGCGAGGCCUUUGGCGCUGUCCUCUCGAGGAUAUACAGCGAGAUUGGCUUCCGGGGCCUCUGGAACGGGCUGCCAGUCCGUAUCGUCAUGAUUGGUUCCUUGACGGGCAUGCAGUGGAUGAUUUAUGACUACUUCAAGAUCUUCUUGGGCUUGCCCACGACGGGCGGCAGUGGACCGGUCGAGAAGAAGUGA